GGCGGCGUCGGGCGGCAGGCAUGGAGAGUAGAAAACUGAUUUCUGCUACAGACAUUCAGUACUCGAGCAGUCUGCUGAACGCCUUGAACGAGCAGCGCAGCCAUGGGCUCUUCUGUGAUGUGACCGUUAUUGUGGAAGACCGAAAGUUCCGGGCCCACAGGAAUGUGCUUUCAGCUUCGAGUACUUACUUCCACCAGCUCUUCUCAGUGGCUGGGCAAGUUGUUGAACUGAGCUUUAUAAGAGCUGAGAUCUUUGCAGAAAUUCUUAAUUACAUGUAUAGUUCUAAAAUUGUGCGUGUUCGGUCAGAUUUGCUGGAUGAGUUAAUUAAAUCUGGGCAGCUGUUAGGAGUGAAGUUUAUAGCAGAGCUUGGUGUUCCACUGUCACAGGUUAAGAGCAUCUCGGGCACGGCUCAGGUGGGUAAUGCAGAAACCUUAUCACCUGGUUCGAGUGACAAGAACUCUGACGUACAAAAAUCAAAAGAUGAAGCCCAAGAAAAUGGGGCCACUAUAAUGCCUAUUAUAACAGAAUCUUUUUCCUUAUCUGCUGAGGACUUUGAAACAAAAAAGAUCAUCGUUACUGAUUCUGAUGAAGACGACGACGACAUCAUUUUCUGCUCUGAGGUUCUUCCUGCAAAAGAAAAUUUGCCGAAUCCCAGCACAGCGGUGCCAGUCCAGCCUAGCCCAGACUUGGUUGCAGUUUCAGAUGUCACACCUUCUGCAAGCAGUAAGUCUCCCCCUUUGACAAAUAGCACACCUACUCCGAAACUUCCUCCUGUGAAUCCGACAGCGCCAGCGCCAGCGCUGAGCCCAGCACAGGGAAGUGAAAAAUUGCUCGGCCCUUCGGCCCCGACACAUCUGACUCCCAACAUAAUUCUGUUAAAUCAGACACCACUUACUACACCACCAAAUGUCAGUUCUUCACUUCCGAAUCAUAUGUCUCCUUCAAUCAAUCUACUUAUGCAGAACCAGCAGCCGCCCAGCAGUGCUGCUUUAACAGGAGGUAAGGGCACAGAAGAGGAGGAGGAAAUUAUAGAUGAUGAUGAUGACACUAUUAGCUCUAGUCCAAAUUCAGCGGUCAGUAACAUAUCUUUGGUCCCACAGGCUGGCAUCCUGCCAAAUAACCCUUUCGAUGGGUCACUGUUACAGAAGAUGCAGCUUCCUACCCUGCUGCAAGAGCCUGUUUCCAAUUCUUUAAAAAUUUCAAAUAUAAUCACAAGAAACAUCAGUGAUUCAGGUUUAGGAGUGAAACACCUAUCAGAGGGACAGAAGAUCAUUACUUUAGAUACAGCUACUGAAAUUGAAGGCUUGUCGACUGGUUGCAAAGUUUACGCAAAUAUUGGGGAAGAUACCUAUGACAUAGUGAUCCCUGUCAAAGAUGAUCCUGACGAAGGGGAGGCCAGACUUGAGAAUGAGCUACCCAAAACAUCCACUGGUGAGACAGCCAACAAGCGCAUGAAAGUAAAGCAUGAUGAUCACUAUGAGUUAAUUGUAGAUGGAAGGGUCUAUUACAUCUGUAUUGUUUGCAAAAGGUCUUAUGUCUGUCUGACAAGCUUGCGGAGGCAUUUUAACAUUCAUUCUUGGGAGAAGAAGUAUCCUUGCCGUUAUUGUGAGAAGGUAUUUCCUCUCGCUGAGUAUCGCACAAAGCAUGAGAUUCAUCACACAGGGGAGCGAAGGUAUCAGUGUUUGGCCUGUGGCAAAUCUUUCAUAAACUAUCAGUUUAUGUCAUCACAUAUAAAGUCAGUUCAUAGUCAAGAUCCUUCUGGAGAUUCGAAGCUGUAUCGGUUACAUCCAUGCAGGUCUUUACAGAUCCGACAGUAUGCCUACCUUUCUAACCGGUCAGGCACCAUGCCUGGAAUGAAGGAUGAUAGUGUUGGAUAUAAAGUCGAUGCUGGCAAAGAAAAUCCAGUAGGAACUACAUCUACUCCUCAGAACAAGCCAAUGACCUGGGAAGAUAUUUUUAUUCAGCAGGAAAAUGUAACAGAUGGCAGUACCGAGUUUGAAUUUAUAAUACCAGAAUCAUACUAAACUCCUUCAAAAUACCAAUAUUAGAAAGUUUGGGUUUUAAUUAAGAGGCAGGGGAUUCAGAAUACUUGAAAACCAAUUUAAGGGGAAAAUGAGUUAAUCUGGUCUGCUGUGUCAUCUGAAGGUAGUCUAGUUGGGUUGUUUGUUGAUAAUUUUUAGCAGCAAAUUCUGAAAUUUUCUGAAAGAAACUUUCAAAAUUCUGAAUAUUCUGAAAGCUUUGAGUAGAAAUUGAGAAACUCUCCCACACAGUCUCUGUUUAUAUAGUUAGCUUUCAGCUCAUUUAAUAAAAAGCAGAAAAGUGUGGAAGAGAGAGUUUCCUAAAAAGAAUCUGAAGCAGUUUGAAUGUUCUUUGAAAAUAACUGGAGUUAUUUGCAUACCCUAGAAUACCCUACGGCUUUCCCCUUACGUGUUAGCACUUUACUGCUGAAUUCUCAAUUUUCUUAAUAUUGAGACUAUAAAUAUGUGUGGUGUCUUAUAUAUGGCAUAUAAAAGUAAACAAGAACUUCUAAAGUUGUUCUAAAAAAUUUCAGAGUAACUCUUCGCUCGGUUGUGUAUUCUGCUAGUCCAAAUUUCUGCCUCUCCCCCCGCCUCUGAAAUGGCUGUGCAGGCAAGUCUCUCACGUGAAGAAUGAAAAUAGUUUUAGAUGAUUAGAAUAGAAUCUUGCUUUUAUUGCCAAAGUCAGAAAAGACUGAUGGCUGAACUACUGUAUGUAUGUGUGUGUAUGUGUGUAUGUGUGUAUGUGUGCAUAUAAUAUAAUAUGUUGUCUGUAUUAUAUUAUAUUAUAUAUAUAUAUAUUUGUGAUGUGGUCUCUGGGCAAAAGUAUUAAUGGAAAACAAAUCUCCGUAAUGCAGACAGGCAAUAAUAAGUUCUGUCGCAUUUGUUUUGAAUUCUGUGUUUUCAGAUGUUAGAGACAGGGAGUAGAAGUGAUUGGAGAUUUCCUUUUGCUCAUUAUGAUUAAAAAUACUUAUGAAAGUUUUUCAAAUUUUCAAUCUGAAGGCCACCAAAUAAAUCUUUAUGUAUAAAUCUUUAUAAAUGAUAGAGUCCAUAAAUGAGACUCCUACAUAUUUUGGGCGGAGGCUACUGGCAUAUAUUUUUAAAUGCUCAUAUUUAGAAUCUAGUUUUCAUGUGAAAUAGUUAAAUCAGUGAUCUAGUAUUUUCCUGUCAACAAGGCCUUUUAGAUUCUGAACUCUUCUAAAAUAUGUUCCAUUCCAUCUGCAUAUUGCUACAGUAUGGUACCAGUCAGAAACUGAAGAAUUCAUUACAAGCUGGUUGAUUCUCAUUUAUCUUGAGAACAGUAAAGACCCUCAUGUAUUUAAACACUUAUAAAGGAAAGUCAAAAUGUAUUAAAGUGCUAGUACUAGAAGGAAGCAGGUGGAACAAAUAUAUAGCCUAGCUUUUAUAACAAGAUUAAAUUGUUGGAUUUCUGUAAAUGAUUUUUGCAAAGGAAGAAAUUAAUAGAUACUGAAAAAGAUUGUUGUGCAUAGCUAUUAGUCAUUUGUAACCUUGCUUAAGUAUUUCUUAAUUCAACAUAGAUAUUCUCAAUUAUGUAUUUUUUAAAAUAGUCUAUCUCUUGCCUUUGAACUUAAAGCUUUAAUCACGGUUUCUCAUGUACACAUCACUCUGACGGUAAGCUAGAUUUGAAGAUAGUUGUUCAGUGUUUCUUGAGUUGGUAUCAGGCAUCAGUAUUUACAACAUGACAAGGAGAAAGAAAAAGAAUAGAAUUCUGUGCUUACUGAUAGCUAGAGUAAUGUGCAUCUAUUUGUUUUCUGUUAGGAGUCUAGACUUUCAAAUCAUUGUGUAAACUAAUCCUUGGAAAAUGUAAAUUACCUUUGAACUUAAGAAACUCUGGUCUCUGGAAUCACGAUGCCUUUUUCUCUUUCUGUGCAGAUAUUGAUAACAUUACCCUCGACUCUAAGUAGACUGUACAUUUUUAAGUGGAAAUUUGUUCGUGAUUUAUUAACGUUCUUUCACCAGUUAGACAUCAUUACUUCAACAAGUGUGAAUAAUACUGAUGCCAGCACAGCUCUCAGAUCUUUCGUACUUGGUAGUGCCAGGUUAGUAGGACAAACCAGGAAUGAAUCCUGUAAUGGAAGACUAUCCGUCCUGAACAACGUGGAUAGAAUUCUUUGCUGCUGCUGUGCUCUACGUGAAUUCUGAAACUGAAAUUUAAAUUAUGUGCCUACUGACUGUGUCUUCUGGAGUUGGGGAGGGAGUAGACAAACUGGAAUAUUAAUUGUAUUUUUGCCAGAAGACUCUUACUUGCAUGUAUGUUAGAGUCUUCAGUUUUUCCUAGAUGUUUUUUACAUCCAAAGCAUGAAAUUCAUGUGGAAUACUCCUUGUGGAAAACCCCCUACUCCCAGUGUUCGUUGGGUUGAAAAGCUGUAGUAAGAUGCUGUUGAAAACCUAACCAUGGAGUUUUCCUAAUAUUUUGUUCUGCUUUGGGUCAUAACCUGUCAGUGCAGAGGGACCACGCAGUGCUGGGGUGGAACACACGGCUCCUGCGUAUCAGAAGUACGUGUUCCAGCACUUUGGACCAUUUUCCUGGCCCAGGGAUUUUAAUCCUAUUAUAUACACAUUUUUUUUUCUGGCUGUGAGACAUCUUUUUUCUUUUUGAAGUUGGCUUCAAAUUUACCCGUGUGUAAAUACUUCUGGAUAGGAGCUGUUUGAAAUAGCAAUUUGUUCAAAGAAAUGACAAAAAAAGACUCAGACUAAGCAAAGGCUUUUUUUGAAACACCAUAGCAAUUUGUGCAAAGUUAACUUUAAGAUUUUAAACUUUAAGAUUUUAAACUUUAAGAUCAUUCUCAUUUUGAUGCUAAUCACCCCACAUCCCCCAAUAUAGCUUGCCAGGGAAAAUGAAUAUGGCUGUUUUCCAUCAUACCAAAAAGAGAAAAGGAAUGGCAAAAAAAUGAUCAAGGUAUGUUAUGUUACCAAAACUUGCAGAAUUGAACUGAGAUUGACCCUCAAUUCAACAGCACUGGCUUCCUUACCUCACCUCUGUCAAUGAUGAAACCUUGUCAUUUUCACUCAAUACUGUUACUGUCCAGACUUGUACAAUCUUUCCAACCCUGUCAUGACUUUGUUCUUCUUUUCAUUAACCAUUGCCUGGUAUUAGUUCAUAGAGCUUCUUAUGGCAAAAAUAAAAUGUUAAAAUUC